UUAUCCCGGUCGUACAGAUGGGGAAACUGAGGCACGGACUGGCUAUCCCUUGCCCCAGUUCACACAGUGGCAAAGGUGAGAAGGGAGUCCAGGAGCUGCUAGUUCCACUCUAACCACUAGACAACAUUCCCCUCCCAAAGUCAGGAAUAGAACCCAGGGGUUCUGACUCCCAAUGCCCCCCCCAGCUCUAACCACUAGACCCCACUCCCCAUCCCAGAGUCAGGCAUAGAACCCAGGCGUCCUGACUCCCAGUCCCCCCGCUUUAACUUCUAGCCCACAUUAUCUCCCAGAGCUGGGAAUAGAACCCAGGCAUCCGGGCCCCCAUUCCUGCUCCAUCCACUGGGCCACGCCACCUCCUUUAAAAGCUCUUGUUUCCUACCGAAGCAACCACCCAAGGAAGCUGCUUCCUGCCUGGCUGAGGGGAGCAGGGAAGGUCCCUGGAGCUGUCAGGACGUGUUGGGGAGGCUGGACUUUCUGGUUCCCUGACUCACUGUGAGUGACACUGAUCUAGCCGUGCCCUUCCCCUCCCCAGCCCAGGCAGCUGCCAGCGUGAGCUAGAGACUUGAAACAGCCUCAGCUCCCCGGCCCUAGUGUUGGACAGGAGCCCGGGAGGGGAAGGAACCGAAGCCACGUCUGGGAGCCGAGUGAACCCAGGAGCCAGCCCCUCCAGCUGGAGCUGGGCUGGUCAUUCCAAGCCAGUGGGCCCAGAGGCCACCCCAGGACGUCUCCGAUGGGCGCCGAGCACUGGGCAGCGAGUCCAUCCCCCCGGCGCUGGGGAGAUCUACCAGGGGCUUAGCUGCCAAUGGAUGGUGCUGGCCGAAGGUCUGCACUAAUUCUGCCCAUGCCCUCUGACCUCAGCCCCAGGAGAGCUCAAGAGCUGGGGCCGGGUCCUUGCAGAUUUCACCGAAGGCCUCACCCUUUGCCGAUAACCAGCCAUGCCCGACCGGGCGCUCUGCUUCCUGUGCAGUUUGGUGAUGCCUGCCGCCUUCCUGUGCGCAGAUCUGCUUCCCAGGGUCACCUUCCCAAGAGGAGACCCCCGGAGGACCCUAACCAGCUUCAGCCAGGAGGGAAUCUUCAACUAUGAUACUUUCCUCUUGAGCGAAGACGAAGGCGCUCUGUACGUGGGCGCUCGAGACACCCUCCUCUCCCUCCGGGUGGACAGCGCUGGGUCCAUGAAGCUGACGGGCUCAAUAGCGUGGCCACCCCUGCUUAAAAAAAAGGACGAGUGUGUCUUUAAGAAGAAAAGCAAUGUGACAGAGUGCUUCAACUUCAUCCGUGUCCUGGUGCCAGUGAACCAGACUCACCUGUACACCUGUGGGACCUACGCCUUCAGCCCCAUCUGCUCUUACAUUAAUCUGGAGAAUUUCAGCCUGGUUUCUGGAGGCCAAGGGGAGCCUCUCCUCCAGGAUGGGAAGGGACAGUGCCCCUUCGACCCCCGCCACAAGUAUACGGCCAUCCUGGUGGAUGGUGAGCUCUACACGGGGACCAUGAACAACUUCCAAGGAAACGAGCCCAUAAUCUCCCGUGCCCUGGGCAGCAGGACCUUUCUGAAGACCGAUACUUUCCUCAGGUGGCUGAAUGUCGACGCAGGCUUCGUGGCCUCGGCCAACAUCCCUGGAGACGAGAAGGUCUAUUUCUUCUUCGAGGAGACGGCCGAGGAGUUUGAGUUCUUUGAGAAGCUCACGGUCUCCCGGGUGGCUCGUGUGUGCAAGAAUGACGUCGGAGGACAGAAGGUGCUGCAGAAGAAAUGGACCACGUUCCUGAAAGCUCAGCUGACGUGCGUCCAGCCUGGACACUUCCCUUUCAACGUGAUCCAUCACGCCUUUGUCCUACCCCAGCCAGGAGGGGGCGCCGUCUUCUAUGGACUCUUCGCCUCACAAUGGCAGAUGGGAGACGCAGGCAGCACGGCGGUGUGCGCUUUCAACCUGGAGGACAUCGAAAGAGUCUUCAGUGGCAAAUACCAGGAGCUGAACAAGCAGAGCGCCCGGUGGACGACAUACAGCGAUGGGAUCCCUGAGCCCCGCCCUGGCAGCUGCUCGGUGUACCCAUCAGCGGACAAAGUCCUGACCUUCAUAAAAAACCAUUUCCUGAUGGAUGAGAAGGUUGUGCCCAGGAACAAGCAGCCACUGCUGGUGAAGCAGAACGUGAAGUAUACGCGGAUCGCAGUCGAUCAGACCCACAGUGUCACGGGCACCUCCUAUGAGGUGAUGUUCCUGGGAACAGAUCAAGGGUUCCUGCACAGAGCAGUGGCUCUGCCCAGCGGUACUCAUAUCAUUGAGGAAAUCCAGCUGUUUAAGGACCCGGAACCUGUGCAGAACCUUCUGUUCUCACCUGGGAAGGGGAUCCUGUAUGUGGGGUAUUCCAAGGGGGUGCUGCAGGUGCCGCUGGCCAACUGCAGCGUGUACAAGAGCUGUGCUGACUGUGUCCUCGCCCGAGACCCCUACUGCGCCUGGGACAGGCACAGCCAGUCGUGCCAGGAGACCCGAGGCACAAACAAAAACACGAGUGACUGGCUGCAGGACGUCGAGUGGGGUAGACCGGGGCCUACGUGCCAGCAGAUCAGUGGGAGAGGCAGGGCCACGCCCAGGUCUCGGGACGACUCGGGCAGCAGCCUGGUAAAAACUUUGAGCCCAGCACUGAACUCUGUGAUCCGUCUGCCCUGCCCGCAGCUCUCCGCCCUGGCCAAUUACAACUGGAGCUACCCAGGGGAUAAGACCCCGGCGGGGCUGCUGAUGUUGGACAAUAAGAUGCUGGUGAUCAUCAUGCAGCGCCAGGCGGCGGGCGAGUACACGUGCUGGGCCAGCGAGAACGGGCACCGCCAAGCUGUGGCCCGCUAUGUGGUGCAGGACCCCACGGAAGGCAACAUCCUGAGCGAGAGCGGAGGGGACAGCAUGGUCGGGCAAGGGCUGGAGCGGGGGGCAGGCCCACAGGGCGGGCACCGCUCCUACUGGGCACAGUUUGUGACGGUGACGGUGCUGCUGUCGAUGACGCUGGCCGUAGCAAUGACCAUGGCCGGGUUCUCCUACCACAACAGGCUCAAGGCCAAGAGCAAGGUGCAAGGAUGCAACACCCCCGAAGCCACCAAGGUGUCCAAUCAGGAGAAGGUGCCGCUGAACGGAGGCCGGAGCCCACAGGAGGGGGCCAAGGACCCCAGGGACUGCUGCGUCCAGAUGGAGGGGCUGUACCAGGGCACAGACGCGGACAACAACAGGUUAAAUGCCAGCCCGGGGGCCGGGGAGGGUUUCCAAGGGGCGGCUCUGGAGAAAGCAUAGGCUGGCCGUGCCUGCCCCGACCCGCCUUUCGUCUCGAAAUCAGCCGUGUCGUGGUACCGAGCAGCCCUACGAUAACAAACCAGUGUGUGUGGCUCAGCGCUUGGGAGCGACCCUACAAUAACAAACCGGUCUGCGUCCAGCCCCCAAAUUCAUAACAAACGUCGUAUCAGCUGGUGAGACCUUCCACACAGCGCGCCCAGAAACGGCCCCUGCUCCUCGUCAGCGUGCCAGCUGCUGCCGCCCGCCCAUGAGUGGGUCGCUCCACCACUGAAGAGCGAUGGGCCCAGCCUGCCUCACUGCGCUGCCUGGGCAUCACCACCAGAGUCGUGGGACGGGCGUUCAAACAAACAAACAAACAAAAAAAACCCUCCGCUUUUGGGUUUCCACACCAAGCAAGAGACAAACAAGGAGCACAUCUGGGGCUCUAGAUGACCAGGUUCAAAGGAGCUGGGGGGCAGAGCGGCGCUGGAGGGUGCGUGAGCCCUUCCUGGCUCGUGCCCGCCAGGGAUUUCAGCAGGGAGCAACCCCGCUGUGGGAUCUGAAGGGGCGCAGUGUUGCUGUGUCUACAGAGCUAAGCUGCGUGCGUAGCUUCUGCCCCUCGGGCUGUUGCCCCCAGCACUGGCCUGGACCAGCUGGGAGCUGCCACGUCCGCGCCACGAGAACCGUGAACAAAGGCCAAUGUGCGAUGCCGCCGCUGCACGUUACCUAGCGUGCCCCUGGCCGGCUCAGUCCUCCCCUGUGUGGGACGUGGUUGGUGCCAGUUGAUGGCCGGGUGUAGCUCUGCCGGGGCCCAAUCCGGCUCCUCGCGGCUCUGAAUAUGGGGUCUAAUGUUCUACCUUUGAGUGCAGGGUCAGCAGUUCAAAGCCAGCCCCGGCUGGCAAUGAUCAGACAGCUGUGAGCAGCUGCGCUCCCCGUCUAGUUCCUGCUUGGCCAGAGGUCUGGAUCACAACAACCAUUGCUAACUGGCCCCCUCAGCGGGGAGACCGGAGACGGCCCACAUCACGGAGACUGCGCUCUGCUCUGGGGGGGUGUCCUUCCAUCAGAGGGCACUGUACUGUCACUCCCUGCUGUUGUGUGGGCAGAGGGCUUUAGGGCCUGAUUCUCAUUCACACUACAGCCUCUUACACCACUCCGGGCCGGUAAAGGGGGCACCAAUUAGCCACACCCCCUCUGCCCUGCCGGAGUGGUAUAAGGGGCCUUUUAGGGUAAGUGAGAACCAGGCUGAGUCCCUGGGGUUUUGGAGCCAACAGCCUGAAAAAUCGGCUUGGGGGUGGGGGAGGGGAGUUGCAAGGGGCUUUGGGGAUGGGGAGGAGGCGGAGGUUGUGACCAAAUGUGAAGUUGUUGGUUUUUUAAUUUAAUGUUUUUAGAUUUAAGUUAAGCUUUUCCCGGUAGCAGCGAUCGAAUCCUUUUUGUUUCACCACCUCUGUGGGAGGAACGCGGCUUCCGAAACCAGCUCCGGGCCCAGCGGCUGGCCUAUAGCCACACUGACAAUGCCCAGUGCCUGGGUUCGUAGCCUCGGAGCCAGGCGCGCAAACAUGGUGCGGUUUUCGCACGAACCACUUGGUUAAACGCAGCCAGGCGAGUGGAUUUCCCCGGGAAAGGCCUCGGAUUUCUCCCUCUCAAAUGGGAUCGAGUUGCUCGUUUCUAAAACCCUUCUUCAACCGCAUCAGUAUUAUUUUGUGAUGGAUAAAUUAACCCCCGCAUUGCUGGUCUGCUGCAGCUCUGACACUGCUAUUAUGCUUCAGUGAAAUCAGUGCAACCCGGGAUGGGUUCACUUGUUACAUUUUCCAGCAGAGCGGGCGGGAUCUACCAGGAUAUCCUUGAAAAAUCCAGGCUUCUUUCUCAGUUACGCUCACACCCAUUAACCCUGCUCUGGGCAAGACUAGCUUCUAAGGCACUAGGGGCCUGAUUCCCAGUUACAUCCAGGUCCUUUUACCCCGCUCUGGCAGGGGAGAUGAGAACCAGGCCCUGGAGAUUUCAGACGCUGGGUUGGCUUCAAGUGGCAAUGCCUGGGGGCACUAAGGGUUGCAACAUGUCAGCACAACUACGCUGAUGCCUGUAACCGGGGCAGAUCCCCAGCUUAUUGUACAAUAGAUCUGAGGGAAGAGCAUUGUCUGAGCUCUGUGGCAGACUCAACGCCCUUAAAAAAAAACACCCAAGCCUGGAACCGGUCCCUCUUUGAUUCAGUUCCCUGGAUAAAAAUGAGGGCAUCUACAUGGCGAUCGCUAUGGGACUCUGAAAUCCUGCUGGAGACAAGGCCAGGGAGUUGUUACCAUGAUGCGGCUAGUCAAGGUGAACUCCAGGAGGAGCAGGGUUCAUUUGAACAAGCCACAUUGAGGUAAAAGUUACCUGGGCCUGGUCUGCAUGUGGAUUUUACGCUGAGGUUCAAAUGCCUUUCUGCAGUGCCUGUGUGCAACCUCCUGCUCUCAGUCCUGUGCCGUGUACUGCUCUGUAACAAUGAUACAUUCUUCGAUCAAGUGCCUGGGCUUUUACAGGUGGGACAAAGCCCGUUCUGUCUGUCUGUGUCACUGAGCACCGGGGUCUGUGCCACGUUGUCCGUACUGCAGUGCCAAGCACCGCUUUCGGGCAUGAUCCUCCGCUGGUGUCAAUCAGAAUAGCACCUUGGGCUCAAUGCUGAUCUACGCCCGCUGGGGAUCUGGCCCCAUUAACUUCAGUGGAGCAGGGCCACAUUACACCUGCUGGGGAUCUGGCCCGUCGUUGCUUGUUUUAUGAUAUUUAACCUUAUUUUUUUUUUUUAAAAGAUGUACAUGUUCCUCCUCCGGAUACAUUUUAUUUUUUAUUAAAAAGAGAAUGUCACACGCAGGUGCUGCUUUUUUAGUCUCAUGUAAAGAGCGCGUUGCUAAUAAGAGAGAAAGGGCCUGAUUCUCCAGUACAAAAGGGUGUAAAACACUACGCUUCUGAAUGGAUGGCCCUUUGCACUGGGGUAAAAAUGUGUUUAAUAA